CUAGGUAUUGUUGACGUUCGUUUUGUUAAUUUUUAAUAGUAUUUUAUUUUCGUUUUUUCUUUUUCUCCUUUUAUUUCAUCGUUCCAUGUCUAUAAACAGUGAUGGAGAUUCAUUUGAGUGCGUCGAAACGCCAACAGCACUCGAUAUCGGCUCGAAGUCCAAUGAAAGUUUCGCUCGUGAGUCUAAUGAUUUUUUCCCGCCUGGCCCAGGUUUUAGGGGCUUCGAAAAGGUUCCCAUCGUACUGGUGGCUAGAAACGACAUAGAAUUAUACUUAAAACGUAUGAACAAAGUAAAAUCUGACGGCAAUAACGUUAAAAAGCUACACGAAAAAAGAAUAACGAGUUUGUGCUGUGUGUUGUUGCAGCGAGAGGAUUUUCUGUUAUUUAGGAACGCGACACGAGAAAAUACGAAACAGGUCGACGACACGUCCAGCUCCGACACGGAAAACGAAAUGGUUGAUCCGAAAAUGGCGGUAAAAUGCAACAUUUGCGAAAAAUCAUAUCCAACCGAGAAGAAAUUGCUGAAACAUCAAGACAAAAAGCACAUGAUCGUAUACGAGAGGCCAAAGAAACGCGUCUCGUUCUCCGACCACGUUAUAGUUCACGAAGUGAAAGAAUAUCAUAAAUGCAGAAAAUGCCCUAAAAUAUUCAAAGAGUACAAAUCGUUGAAGGCCCACUCUAAAUUACACCACAAAAAGCGUAAAUGCUAUAUAUGUAAUUACUGUAACAAGAAAUUUGUAGAUCGGGUGUUUUUUAAAGUUCACAUCAAACUGCACUGUGAUGUUUGUGGACUUCUCUUUUCAAGUAAACUGAAAUAUCUUCAGCACAGACAUAAAGCUUGUCGCAUACAAAAGAAACACCAAUGCAGAAUAUGCAACGAAUCAUAUUUCCGGUACAUGGACCUCAAAGAUCACAGUCUCGAACACCUAAGGCUGUGUUAUGUUUGCGAUGUGUGUAAAGAACAGUUUGAUACGAAAUGUGCAAUUGCCCACCAUUUAAAAUUCUUGCAUUCCGGUAGACGCCCCCGGACAUUAUACAAAAUACUCAAUAUAGGCACCGAAAGACUUUACUUGUGUAGGUUCUGCGACGAAAGCUCUGUAGAUAAAAGGUUAAUAGAGAAACAUACACAGCUGUUACCGGAUUUGAGUAAUCGAGCUAUGACGGGCUACCGAGACUUCUACUUUUGCGAUCAAUGCAUGAGGAAGUUCAGCACAGAGACCGAUAUGCUACAGCACAAAUGGACUCAUUUCCUGAAGACUUCUGACAACACGCAGGUGCAACUUCAGAGUGUGCUAGUGAAUAAGAAGCCAAAGUUGAAAACGACUUACAAAGUCAAUGACGUAAUACCGGAACGCUUUAAUCCUAAAGUGGUUUUAGAGAAAUUAGCAAUAGACCCAUUUCCAAACUACAUGAGCUUUAAUUGUAAAAAGUUUGAUAUUGUUACCGGUGAAAUUAAGAAAGCUAUAGUAGAUCCGAAAAGUAAAAAAACGAUAGUAUCAAAACAUCAAUGUCCUAUAUGCGGUAAGUAUUACUCAACAAAUUACUGCUUGAAUCGCCAUAUUGAAUCACAGCACAAAAAUUCCGAGAAUCUUCACUGCCAUGUCUGCGAGGAGACCUUUGUUUGGCCUUCACUCUUGAGGUCGCACAAGUGCCUCCGCCUCAACCACUCCGAACACCCAUUCCAGAACUCGAACCCGGAGGCCCCCUUCCAUAACUACAGUGAACAAAAUGCGUUUGAUGAUUUUAAUAUAUCAUACGAUGAUGAUUAUUUGAAUAACAUUGAUUUCGAGAUACCUGCUCCGAUAGUGGAGCUGACGGAAAGUGAAAAUGUGUUUAUUCCUAAUAACUUGAUAGAUCAAGACGGGGGUAAAGUGUGCAUUUCCCAGAAUGGAUAUAAAGUGGUGGUCCAAGAAGUACCUGUCGAAUUUUAGUGCGAAGUGAUUAUUGUGCACGGUGUUUGGGAUAUGAGGUUUCGGGACCUACAUUUUUUUGUGUACAAGUGAAUUGAUAAGGAGGAUUGAAAUUGUUUUAAAAGACCAAAUGUAAUAGUGACAAAUGUCAAAACUGGCAGCUGCCAUUGUUUCCAAACUUUCUAACUCUCUCAGGUGUCUAAGGGUCUAGUCACUGGAGGAUCUAUGUAUUCAUAAUCAUACAAUUAUGCUUUGGGUAAGAAACAUCAUUCCGUAUAUGUGAGUAGCCAUAUAAUGCUGCUUCACUUGUGAAAGGCUGGACCUAUUUGAUUGAUUUAAUUUUUCAAACUAUCAUGUCAAGUCAAGUAUUGUAUUACUAUUAUUACUUUAAAUCCACUGAUUAAAUUUGUAUUCAAUUAGCUAUAAAUAGACAUAAAUCGGGUAUAAAUCACAUACUGUCAUCGUGCUCUAAACUAGGAUUCAGUGUAUCGUGAGAACCGGAGACUUAUAUACAUAUUACGUUUAAAUAUAUGUACAUAUACCCGUAGCUACGUAAUGUCUAUAAAAGGGCCAUUCUUGCCUCAGCAGUAGUGAAGUAGAAUUUAUAAGUCUACCUAACAUCAUGUGGUAGAUCUUCGGUCAACAAAUUCCGUAUGUUCCUUUUAGGUCAGGAGAGUGACAUAGGCUACCUUUAUCCUAAAAAAAUAUUACACAGGAUACAACAUUGUUUAGGUAUAGUUUAAGAAGUAAUAGUAUGCAAUAAUUUAAUUUUGUGGUUCUACAGAUAAAGUAUUGUUAUAAUUUGUCACUGUUAUGAGCUGGAGCUCAGGAAAAAUUAAAACUGUUCAUUGAAACACUAAUUAAAAGUCAAUUUAAUUAUAACGACAAUUAAGGGUAGACUUAACGGUCAUGAUGGUCUUUGCUCUUCCUCUAGGUGAUCAUUUGUCGCCUACAAUCCAUGUCGUCUGUGCCAAGAUUUAUAUUCGCUUCGAUUUUGUCCACAAUGUUACAGAACAUUUAGGACGUGUUCCAGUUGUUUCUAUAUGCGUUUUUGCUAUUUGACGACAGAUGCCACUACAGUUACUGGCAUAAUUUUACCUUUCAAUUACUUUUAACACUUUUUCUUUAUCUUUAAUAAUUUUAAUACGCAAUUCAUAACUCAAGCGAUCCCCUUUUUUAUUUUUUGUAUCGACAGCUUGAGUGUGAUAAAAUAUAUGUGUUUUAAGAAAUAAAUAAACUUGAAACAUGGGUGUCAGCAUAUUGCGUGAACCUCUCGAUAACUGUCUUGGAAGCUCCUCAAUUCUACGACACCAGAUUGCAGUAGUCAUAAGAUUUUUGCAAUUUCUUAUUUAUCAUCAGCGCGACAGCGCCCCCCAUGUUUCUAACAUAUUACUUUCUUUUCUUUUCAAAUUACUUAUUAAUAGUAGCUUUCAUGAAUUUACACGUGUAAAGUUAUUAGUGAGUACUUGUAAAUAUGAUUAAAAUUUGAUUAAGUUUUUAUCCAUCUCCGAGAUUGCAAUUCCCGCCAUGCUGCUGUUAUAACUUUUUUUUUUAUUGUUGUAGAUGUUAAAGGGUGCGAAACAAUCGAGUCACAUUGAUAUUUCGAUUAUCUUUUCACUUUAUUGUUUUUCGUCAGUGUAAUUUGUAAGUAGUGCUGUAUUGUUGGCAGUUUAAGUGGCAACGUGGAUUUUAAAGUCGAAUGUUUUAUUUAACGUUCUCGAAUGUUCGGCUAUAUGAAAAUGUACAUACCUACAUUUUUUGUUGUUAUAAACUCGCCAGAAAUAGUUUAAGGAUUUCCUUCGGUUUUCACGAGCUGCAGACAUAAUUAAAAAUUAAGUUUAAGUUUAUAAAGAUAGCGUUGAAAACAAAAGUGAACUUAAGAUUUUAUUUUAUUUUAUUUGAGGGUAGCUCGCAAAGAAUAUUAUAAUUUCGACGAACAGCACCCCAGCCUUCCGCGACCACGUUCCUUGUGCAGUGCUCGUAACGUCCGAAAUGUUAUAAGCGAGACUAAACAGUAAAAGUAUUUUCAACGGUAUAUCGAGGGGUGUGACGUCAAUGUUAAAACCGAAAACCGACUUCGACUCGAAAUUUAACUGAGAAAAGAAAAGGAUCAACUUUCUAAUUUAAAAAAAAAAAACGAACCAUCAAAAUUAGUUUUCUCAGAAAAAAA